AUGACUGCUGUUGAAACUGAAUUAGCAAACAAUUCCGCUGUGGCGGAGGCGGUGGAUGAUAAAAAUCCGUCAACGAGAAACUCUUCUCAGCUGCCGACACCCACUGUGGAGGAAAACAAGGCAUACUUUGAGGAUAAUGGAGAAGCUCUGGAGAUUGUGAUUCCAGAGAAGCCAGCUUCGACCUAUCUUACUGUUUCUAUUAUGUGUUUAUGUGUUGCCUUUGGCGGCUUCAUAUCGGGUUGGGAUACAGGCACAAUUUCCGGGUUUGUCAAUCAGACUGAUUUCUUGAGAAGAUUUGGUAAUUAUAGCCAUUCUAGAAACGCUUACUACCUAUCAAAUGUGAGAACCGGGCUGAUUGUGUCCAUCUUUAACGUCGGAAGUGCUAUUGGCUGUCUCUUUCUGUCUAAAUUGGGUGAUAUCUACGGCCGUUGUGUGGGACUGAUCAUAGUUAUUGUCGUUUAUAUGGUUGGUAUUGUGAUCCAGAUUGCUUCUGUUGAUAAAUGGUAUCAGUAUUUCAUUGGAAGAAUUGUCGCUGGUAUUGGUGCUGGUUCUAUUAGUGUCCUUGCUCCAAUGCUUAUAUCAGAAACUGCGCCGAAGCAAAUUCGAGGUACGCUGCUUGCUUGCUGGCAACUGAUGGUCACUUUUGCCAUUUUCUUGGGUUAUUGUACCAAUUAUGGUACCAAGAGUUACUCAAAUUCUAUUCAAUGGCGUGUUCCUCUCGGUUUAUGUUUUGCCUGGGCCAUUAUAAUGAUAGGUGGUAUGAUGUUUGUUCCGGAAUCACCUCGGUUCUUAGUACAAGUUGGAAGAGUCGAGAAAGCCAAAGCUUCUUUUGCUAAAUCAAACAAGCUCGCUAUCGCUGAUUCAGUUGUAAUUGCAGAAAUUGACCUCCUUAUCGCCGGGGUGGAGGCCGAAGAAGCAAUGGGGACAGCUUCUUGGAAGGAACUAUUUUCGAGAAAGACAAAAGUUUUCCAACGUUUGACUAUGACUGUCAUUAUCAACUCUUUGCAACAACUUACCGGUGACAACUAUUUCUUUUACUACGGUACCACUAUUUUCAAAUCUGUCGGUAUGAAUGACUCUUUUGAGACUUCUAUUGUUCUGGGUAUUGUGAAUUUUGCUUCUUGCUUCUUUUCACUUUAUUCUGUUGACAAGUUGGGACGUCGCAGAUGUCUUUUGCUGGGAGCUGCUGCCAUGACUGCAUGCAUGGUUAUUUAUGCUUCCGUCGGUGUUACAAGAUUGUAUCCUAAUGGUAAGAGUCAGCCAUCGUCCAAAGGUGCUGGUAAUUGUAUGAUUGUGUUCACCUGUUUCUAUAUUUUCUGCUUUUCCUGUACCUGGGGUCCGGUGUGUUAUGUUAUUAUUUCUGAAACAUUUCCAUUGAGAGUUAGAUCCAAGUGUAUGUCUGUUGCGACAUCCGCCAACUUGUUGUGGGGGUUCUUGAUUGGCUUUUUCACGCCAUUUAUUACUUCAGCAAUCAACUUCUACUAUGGUUAUGUUUUCAUGGGCUGCUUGGCAUUUUCAUAUUUUUACGUCUUUUUGUUUGUUCCUGAGACGAAGGGGCUUGCUUUAGAAGAAGUUGAUGAAAUGUGGAUGGAUGGCGUCUUACCCUGGAAGUCUGAAUCUUGGGUUCCCUCUUCUAGAAGAGGUGCUGAUUAUGACAAUGAGAAACUACAACGCGACGAGAAACCUUGGUAUAAGAGGAUGCUGUAA